AUGACUUUGAAUGCUGAAAAUUCAGAAACACUUUUGGAAUCCUAUAUCCUUUUCGCUCGAAACUGUAAAUGUCCAGAGUAUGCAGUUACAAACACUCUCAACUUCACAGACCUAUGUGCAGACGAAAAGAUUACAAGACUUAGGAAGCUGAUAAGUGCGAGAAUUUCUAACUAUACCUCAUGGCUGCUGGUGGUCGAUAACGUCAUCAUUGUGUCUCAAAUACAUGGACACUUACCAGAUGCAAGAGACGAACUAUGGGUAAGAGGCCAGUUGCUGCUAACAACACAACACGCUGUUUCUAUCCCUUUGACAAAUUCUGCAAUCCAGCAUGUCUCAAUCAGCAAAGGAAUGCAUCCAGAUCAUGCCCGCUCAUUGUUAACAUUCCUCUCAGAAGUGAGUGAUGGUGAAAUGGAAAAUGAAGUUGCACGGACAUUAGAAUAUCAACCUCUUGCCUUAGCGAGUGUCUCCAUUUAUGUGCGAGAAGUCCGGCAGAGUAAAGUAUCUGUUAGCUUUGGCUGGGGUGACUAUCUGGAGAAAGUUGCAGGUGGUCAACAAAGUACGACAGAGACCAUCCUUGCAGAGACCAAUCCAAGAUAUCAGAAUUCCAUGACAACAGCAAUAACCCUUGCAGUGAAAGAAGCAAUGGCGACCAACAGAGUUAUUAAUCACCUGUUCACCUUUCUUGUUCUUUGUUCACCUCAGCCAAUACCCCAAGAUGUCGCUGUCAAUUACAUCAUGGAAAUAGAUGAAGAAUUUACUGAUAAAGGGUGGAUCAGAUCAAAGAUAAAUCGAUGUUCAUUGUUAUUAUCUGAAGAAGAAGGUGACAGCGUCUGUAUCCGAGUGCAUGGAGUCGUUCGUGAUGUACUUGAUUCUUUAAAAACAAAUUAUGCCAAGGAAUUAUACAUUAAAUCUGUCGUAGGGGCUGUUGCAUCAUUCGCCAAGUUCGAUGACUUAGAUACCUUUGCCAUCGGCUCAAGACUUGUUCCCCACCUAAGAAAACUGAUCCUGAGGGCUAAAUAUCUGUUUUCUGAACAAGACUUACCUCAAGUCAGAAAAGUGGGUGAUAUGCCCUCACAAGGUUGUCUGAAGGGCCUCCAGAUCCUCGGAAAAUGUGCCUCGACCAUUUUGAAUACGAAGCUGCAAAGAACUGCUCCGAAGUAGCCUUGGAAAUUUUACACUCAGGUAACGCAAACGACGCUGUAGGAAAAGCAGAAAUCGACCUCUUUGUGGGAAUCACACACAAAUGUAAGGGUAACUUAGACCAAGCGAAGAACUACUAUACUAGUGCAUUGGAUAUUUUUCUGACACAGCUAGGACCUGAGCAUGUAGAUGUCGCAGCUUCUUACAAUAACCUGGGUACUGUAUACAGUAGUCUGGGAGAUUUCCAGCAAGCAAAGGACAAUCAUGCGCUUGCAUUGAAUAUUCUUCAGAUACAGCACGGACCUGACCAUUGCAGCAUUUUACAAUAACCUGGGUACUGUACAUAGAGGUCUUAGAGAUUUCCAGCAAGCAAAGGACAAGUAUUCACGUGCACUGGACAUUCGUCUGAAACAGCUUGGACCUGAGCAUGUAGAUGUUGCAGCUUCUUACAAUUACUCGGGUAAUGUAUACAGAAGUCUAGAUGAUUUCCAGAAAGCAAAGGACAGCCAUGCAAGUGCUCUGGAUAUUCUUCUGAAACAGCUUGGACCUAAGCAUGUAGAUGUUGCAGCUUCUUACAAUUGCCUGGGUACUGUGUACAGUGAUCAAGGUGACUUCAAGCAAGCAGAGGACAACCAUGCACGUGCACUGGACAUUCGUCUGAAACAUCUCAGACCUGAGCAUGUCGAUGUGGCAACUUCUUACAAUUGCCUGGGUACUGCGUACAGUGACCUAGGUGACUUCAAGCACAGUGACCAUGCAGGCACUGGAAAUUCGUCUGAAACUUCGAAAGCAAGCAAAGGCCAACCAUAAUAACCGUGCACUGUAUACGCUGAAAUUCGUCUGAAACAUCUCGAACCUGAGCAUUUAGAUGAAACAGCUCGGACCUUACCAUGUAGAUGUGCAGCCUCUUACAAUAACCUAGGCAUCUAGUCUAGAUGAUUUCCAGCAAGCAAAAGACAACCAUGAACGUGCACUGGACAUUCGCUUGAAACAGCUCGGACCUCAGCACGUAGAUGUCGCAGCUUCUUAUAAUAACCUGGGUAAUGUAUACAGAAGUCUAGGAGACUUCAAGCAAGCGAAGGACAACCAUGCAAGUGCACUGAACAUUCGUCUGAAACAGCUGGGACCUGAGCAUGUAGAUGUCGCAGCAUCUUACGAUAAUCUGGGAACUGUACACAGUGAUAGAGGUGAUUUCCAGCAAGCACAAGACAACCAUGCACGAGCACUAGACAUUCGUCUGAAACAGCUUGGACCUGACCAUGUAAAUGUCACAGCAUCUUACAAUAGCCUAGGUAAUGUAUACAGAAGUCUAGGUAAUUUUCAGGAAGCAAAGGACAUUCAUGCACGUGCAAUGGACAUUCGUCUGAAACAGCUCGGACCUGAACAUGUCGAUGUUGCAACUUCUUACAAUAACCUGGGUAUUGUAUACAGAAGUCUAGGUGAUUUCCAGCAAGCAGAGGACAACCAUGCACGUGCACUGGAAAUUCGUCUAAAACAGCUCGGACCCAAGCAUUUAAAUGUCGCAGCAUCUUACAAUAACCUGGGUACUGUAUACAGUGAUCAAGGUGAUUUCCAGCAAGCAAAGGACAGCCAUGCACGUGCACUGGACAUUCGUCUGAAACAGCUCGGACGUGAGCAUGUAAAUGUUGCAGCUUCUUACAAUAACCUGGGUACUGUAUAUAGUGAUCUAGGAGAUUUCCAGCAAGCAAAGGACAACUUUGCACGUGCACUGGACAUUCGUCUCAAAAAGUUCGGACUGGAGCAUUUAAGCGUCGCAGCUUCUUGCAAUAACUUGGGUACUAUGUAUAGUUAUCUAAGUGAUUUCAAGCAAGCAAAGAACAACCAUGCACGUGUACUGGAAAUUCGUCUGAAAAAUCUCGGAUCGGAACAUGUAGAUGUCGCAGCUUCUUACAAUUGCCUGGGUACUGUGUACUGUAAUCUAAGUGAUUUCCAGCGAGCAAAGGAAAACCAUGCACGUGCUCUAGACAUUCGUCUGAAGCAGCUCGGAGCUGAACAUGCAGAUGUUGUAAUUUCUCUUAAUAACCUGAUCGCUGUCUACACUGAUCUAUGUGACUUCUAGCAAGCAAAGGAUAACCAUGAAAGUGUACUGGACAUUUGUCUGAAACAGCUUGGAUCAGAGCAUGUAGAUGUCGCAACUUGUUACAAUAACCUGGGUGCUGUAUACAGAGGUCUAGGCGAUUUCCAGCGCGCAGAGGAAAACAAUGCACGUGCACUGGAAAUUCGUCUGACACAGCUCGGACCUAAGAAUGUAAAUGUCGCAGCUUUUUACAAUAACUGGGCACUGUAUACAGUGAUAUAGGUGAUUUCAAGCAAGCAAAGGACAACCAUGCACGUGCACUGGAAAUUCGUCUGAAACAUCUCGGAUCGGAACAUGUCGAUGUCGCAGCUCCUUACAAUUGCCUGGGUACUGUGUAUAGUAAUCUAAGUGAUUUCCAACAAGCAAAGGAAAACCAUGCACGUGCUCUAGACAUUCGUCUGAAGCAGCUCGGAUCUGAACAUGCAGAUGUCGCAACUUCUCUUAAUAAACUGGGUGCUGUUCACACUGAUCUAGGUGACUUCAAGCAAGCAAAGGACAACUAUGCACGUGCACUGGACAUUCGUCUGAAACAGCUCGGACCUGACCAUGUAGAUGUCGCAGCUUCUUACAAUCACCUGGGUACUGUAUAUAGAAGUAUAGAGGACUUCCAGAAAGCAAAGGAUUACCAUGCAAGUGCACUGGACAUUUGUCUGAAACAGCUUGGAUCAGAGCAUGUAGAUGUCGCAACUUGUUACAAUAAGCUGGGUACUGUAUACAAAGGUCUAGGUGAUUUCUAGCAAGCAGAGGAAAACCAUGCACGUGCACUGGAAAUUCAUAUGAAACAGCUCCGACCUAAGCAUGUAGUUUCUCACAAUAACCUGGGCACUGUAUACAGUGAUCUAGGUGAUUUCCAGCAAGCAAGGGACAACCAUGCACGUGCACUGGACAUUUGUCCGAAACAGCUUGGACCACAGCAUGUAAAUGUUGCAGCUUGUUACAAUAACCUGGGUAAUGCAUACAGAAGUCUGAGUGACUUCCAACAAACAAAGGACAACCAUGUUCGUGCACUUAAUAUUCGUUCGAAACAGCUUGGACCCAACCCUAUAAAUGUCGCAGCAUCUUGCAAUAACCUGGGUACUGUAUACUGUAAUCUAGGUCAUUUUCACCGAGCAAAGGACAACCAUGCACGUGCCAUGGAAAUUCGUCUGAAACAGCUUGGACCUGACCAUGUAAAUGUCGCAGCUUCUUACAAUAACCUGGGUACUGUAUGCAAUAAUCUAUGUGAUUUCCAGCAAGCAAAGGGCAGCCAUACACGUGCACGGUACAUUUGUCUGAAACAGCUUGGACCUGAGCAUGUAGAAGUCGCAGCUUCUUACAAUAACCAGGGUACUGUAUACAGAAGUCUAGGUGAUCUCCCGAAAGCAAAAGAUAACUAUGCACGUGCACUAGACAUUCGUCUAAAACAGCUCGGACCUGAACAUGUAUAUGUCGCAGCUUCUUACGAUAACCUGGGUACUGUCUACAGAGAUCUAGGCGAUCUCCAGCAGGCUAAGGACAACCAUGCACUGGCACUAGGCAUUUUUCUGAAACAGCUUGGAUCUGAGCAUGUAGAUGUCGCAGCUUCUUACAGCAACCUGGGUACUGUCUACAGAAGUCUAGGUGAUUUCCCGCAAGCAGAGGAGGACUAUGUACGUGCACUGGACAUUCGUCUGAAACAGCUCGGACCUGAGCAUGUAAAUGUUGCAACUUCUUACAAUAACCUGGGUAGUGUAUACAGAAGUCUAGGUGAUUUCCAGAAAGCAAAGGACAACCAUGCACAUGCACUGGACAUUCGCCUGAAACAGCUCGGACCUGAGCAUGUAAAUGUCGCAGCUUCUUACAAUAACCUGGGUAUUGUAUACGGAGGUCUAGAUGAUUUCCAGCAAGCAAAGGACAACCAUGCACGUGCACUGAACAUUUGUCUGAAACAUCUUGGACUGGAGCAUGAAGAUGUCGCAGCUUCUUACAAUAACCUGGGUAAUGCACACAGAGGUCUAGGUGAUUUGCAGCAAGCAAAGGUCAACCAUGCGAGUGCACUAGAAAUUCGUCUGAAACAGCUCGGACUUGAGUAUGUAGAUGUCGCAGCCUCUUACAACAACCUGGGUACUGUAUACAGAAGUCUUGGUGAUUUCCAGCAUGCAAAGGACAACUAUGCACGUGCACUGGACAUUUGUCUGAAACAGCUCGGACCCAAUCAUGCAAAUGUCGAAGCUUCUUACCAUAACCUUGGUACUGUACACAGUGAUCUAGGUGAUUUUCAGCAAGCAAAGGACAACCAUACACGUGCACUGGACAUUCGUCUGAAACAGCCUUGACCUGAGCAUUUGAAUUUCGCAGCUCCUUACAGUAAGUUGGGUACUAUAAAAAGUGAUCUAAGUGACUUCCAGCAAGCAAAAGACAACCAUGCACGUGCACUGGACACUCGUCUGCAACAGCUCGGAGCUGAGCGUUUAAGUAGCGCAGCUUCUUACAAUAACUUGGUUACUAUGUACAGUUAUUUAGGUGAUUUCCAGCAAGCAAAGGACAACCUUGCACGUGCACUGGACAUUUGUCUGAAACAGCUCGGACCUAAGCAUGUACCUGUUGCAGCUUUGUACAAUAACCUGGGUACUGUAUACAGUGAUCUUGGUGAUUUCCACCAAGCAAAGGACAACCAUUCACGUGCACUGGACAUUCGUCUGAAACAGCUCGGACCUGAACAUGUAGAUGUUGUAGCCUCUUAGAAUAACCUGGGUAUUGUUUAUAGUGGUCUAGGUGAUUUUUUGGAAGCAAAGUUAAACAUGCAAGUGCACUAGACAUUUGCUUGAAACAGCUUGAAGGUGAUUAUCUUAAAGUUGAAAUUACUCAUGAAAAUAUUGGUGACGCACACAAUGAACAGGGUCACGAUGAGGAGGCGAAAAAAAGAUAUGAUCGUGUUUUGGCGAUUUAUGUUCAAAGCCUUGGCCUUGAACAUGUUUGUGUUAGAAUACUUUAG